UGCAGCACUAGUACCGGGACAAUAUUUCUGCUACUUGGAUUAUGGAAAAUGUACGAAGUAGUGAAAAGAAGAAGAAACAUCUUGCUGAAGCAGAAAUUUUUCAAACGGAAUGGAGGUUUGUUACUGCAACAACAUUUGUCUAGCAAUACAAGUUAUUUUGAAACAAUAAAAAUGUUUACUUCAAAGGAGAUAGAAAAAGCCACAGAUUACUAUAAUGAGAAUCGAAUCCUCGGUCAAGGAGGCCAAGGAACUGUUUACAAAGGAAUGUUAACGGAUGGAAGCAUUGUGGCUGUUAAGAAGUCUAGAAUGGAAGAAGGAAAGAAAUUUGGUGAAAAGAAGGUCGAACAGUUCAUCAAUGAGGUGAUCAUUUUAUCUCAAAUUAAUCAUAGGAAUGUGGUUAAGCUUUUAGGAUGUUGUUUAGAGGCUGAAACUCCGUUGUUGGUUUAUGAGUUCAUCCCAAAUGGAACACUUUAUGAUCUCAUUCAUGGCCAAAAUGAAGAACUUCUGUUGACAUGGGAAAUGCGUUUACGGAUUGCAACUGAAAUUGCCAAUGCUUUGUUCUAUUUGCAUUCAGCUGCAUCUGUUUCUAUUUAUCACCGAGACAUUAAAUCAAGCAACAUACUUUUGGAUGAUAAAUACAAGGCAAAAGUGUCGGACUUUGGAACUUUGAGAUCAAUUGCACUUGAACAAACUCAUUUAACAACUCGAGUUCAAGGAACAUUUGGUUACAUGGAUCCGGAGUACUUUCGGUCAAAUCAAUUUACAGAGAAGAGUGAUGUUUAUAGUUUUGGGGUUGUCCUUGUUGAACUGUUAAUCGGAGAAAAACCCAUCACCUCAAAACAAUCUGAUGAAGAGAUAAGCCUAGUAUCUCUUUUUCUUCUAUCAAUGCAGGAGAAUUCGUUAUCUGAUAUUCUCGAUUCAAAGGUAGCAAAUGAUGGCCUAGAAAAAGAGAUUAUAGCAGUGGCUAAAUUAGCAAAACGAUGCUUGAAUCUUAAUGGAAAGAAAAGGCCUACCAUGGAACAAGUAGCAAUGGAGUUAGAGUUGAUUAAAGCAUCAGAAGAAGGUAAUGUUAUUGAAGGAAGUGGUGAUGAAGAAUCUGAAAUUGAUGACAUAUUUGAAUCUUGGGACAUCAAUCCUUCUUGUUCAAUGACUAGGUCAACUACAACCGACAAUUUAACUUAGCCAUUAAAGGAAUCCUUUUAGUUUUUGUUGAAGAA